AGUACGUCCAGGUAUUAAUAGGAUACCCCCUUAGGAGGGGCUAGAUAGUUACCUACCUAGAUUAGCUACCUAGACAGUUGUGUAAGUCAAGACGGAUAAGAUGCCGAGAACCAAUCCACCUACUGCCAAUUGGUACUCGACAUCCCAAGACUCGAAUCCUGGGGGGUUUUUUUUUAUCUUCCCUUCGCAACGGCGCAUGGGGCAGUGCAAGUAACCUAUUGCUUACUUGCUUGCCUGCCUGCCUGGGCGGUUUGCGUAAGACGUGGACAAAAGGGGGUUAUAGAGACAAUCGAGGACGCUCACUGGCAAAAAACAGAGAAAAAAAAAAAGGAACCCAUUCUGUCCAGCCAACCGUGCCAGCCCAUUCCACUCUCUCUUCUACCAUUCAAUGCCGAUGGGUUUCUAGUAAGACAACGCCUUUUUUUCCGUCUCUCAUUUUAUCUCUGUCCUCUCGACUGUGCGACGUAAACAUGCAUCCCUCCCCGCCCUCGCCGAGCAUGGAGGCCGACAAGAAUCAAUCCAUGGCACCGACGGCAUCGAGGAGAUCGUGCCCGUCGUUCAUGCGCACGAAGAGGGCCAUAUUUGCCUUAUCUAUGCUGGUCAUCGUUUCGGCAGUGCUAAUAGCUCUGGGCGCGGCCAACAUCCUCCACCCUAGAAGCGACGUCAGCAGCGACGACGGCGGCGGCGCGGGGAGCGACAGUAGCACCAACAGCACCGUCCCCACCGAUGACCCGCCGACGAUCACCAUCACGCAGAACGGCAUCACGAUCCCGCCCGGCGACUGGCGGCCGGAGAACUCGAGCAGGAUCGCGGACGGCACGCCGCUGCGCAUCAUGGCGCUCGGCGCGUCGCUCGUGCGCGGCGAGUUCUCCACGGGCGACGUCGGGUUCCGGCAGACGAUGCGGGAGGAGCUGACGGGGACGCUCGGCGCCGUGGUCAACAUGGUGGGGUCGCAGCGGUUCGGCGACAUGCUGGACAACGACCUGGAGGCGUACGGGGGCAACCGCGUGACGCAGAUCCACGAGCACGCGCGGCGCAUCGUGCCGCGGCUGCAGCCGAACCUGUUCCUGGUGCACGUGGGGUCGAACAACGUGCUGCAGCACCGGGACGUGAACCGGACCGGCGCGGACCUGUUCGCCUUCGUCGACUACCUGCUGACGGCGUCGCCGCGCGCCGCCGUCGUGGUCAGCACCUGCCUCACCAACACGGUGCCGGGCUGCGAGCCCGAGAUCCUCGACGUCAACCGCCAGUACCGCGCGCUGAUGCGCGACCGCUUCGCCGGCCGCCCCGUCCUGCUCGCCGAGAUGCACCCCAGCGAGGGCUUCCCCGGCCGCCCCCAGGUCGCCGACAUCGGCCCCGACGGCACCCACCCCACCGACUACGGCUACGCCCUCAUGGGCCGCAUCUUCGUCGACGCCGUCCGCGUCGCCGACGACCUCGGCUACCUCCGCCGCCCCGUCCCCAACGGCCUCGCCGACGACGGCGAGGCCGGCCGCGCAAACGAGACCUCCGCCACCGCCGAGCUGCCGCCCACCGCCACGCCCACGCGGGUCACUCGCACCACUCGCGCCACUUCUACCGUCGCCACGGGCACAGCUACGUCGGCGACCGCGUCGACAAGUCCCCGUUUGUAGCCGUACAUAGGUAUCUGGAGCGCACGGAGCAGCUAGUUAACCAGAGCGGUGCCGUUCUCCGGUGCUUUUCUCGCGAUGCGCGACCCGUUUUCGGCACGGGAGCCAGACGCGUGCGCGGAUGCAGCUACGCCCGGACGACUGUACGCGAGCGGGUCGAUACGGACGAGGCGUGGCCCCUGGUCGGAUGUAUAGAUAGAUCGGAUAGACGGCGGCGGCGA